AUGGCCUGGUGCUGGUACUGCGACCGCACCUUCGAGGAUCAGCGCGUCCUCCUCAGCCACCAAAAGGCCAAGCACUUCCGCUGCCCCAUGUGCCCGAGGCGCCUCAACACGGCCGGCGGCUUGGCCGUCCACCUCGACCAGGUCCACAAGGUCGGCACCGACAAGUGCGUCGUCGCGUCCUCCUCCUUUCUCAGACGCCAGUCGUGA